AGGAAGAGAAGAGCGAGUGGGCGGGAUCUAGACCCAGGCUGGAGUAGAGCAUCCCUGACCGCGGCUCGGCUAACGGCCAGAGAAGCGUCUCCAGACUGAUGCUGAGUCAGGUACAGGUGGAGUCACAUCCAGUUUGGCUUGGACCCUCCAGAAAUCAUGGAGGAGCUGGAACAUACCUGUCCACUGCCACGAACGACUCUUAUAGAGCCAGCCAUAUUUACCCCGGAGACGAGUUGUGAGUGUCGGGCUCCACACGAGAAGCUGACGGUAGAGCUAGCUCGACUCGGAAUGCCUGUGGACCGGCCGGUGCGAAUCUAUGCAGAUGGCAUCUUCGAUCUUUUUCAUUCUGGUCAUGCUCGUGCCCUGAUGCAGGCUAAGAAUCUGUUCCCUAACGCCUACCUUAUAGUCGGAGUAUGCAGUGAUGAACUCACUCACAAGUACAAGGGCUUCACCGUAAUGACAGAAGACGAACGGUACGAGGCAUUGAGACACUGCCGCUACGUUGAUGAGGUUUUGCGUGAUGCGCCCUGGACUCUGACCCAAGAGUUUUUAGAAAAACACAAGAUCGACUUUGUGGCGCAUGACGACAUCCCAUACUCCUCUGCUGGAUCUGAGGAUGUGUACAAGCAUAUUAAGGAGGCAGGUAUGUUUGUGCCCACUAAAAGGACAGAAGGGAUCUCAACAUCUGACCUGAUCACCCGGAUAGUGAGAGACUAUGACGUGUACGCUAGACGCAACUUGCAGAGGGGUUACACCGCUAAAGAACUGAAUGUCAGUUAUAUUAAUGAAAAGAAGUACCGUCUGCAGAACCAGGUGGACAGGAUGAAAGAGAAGGUGCGGACGGUAGAGGAGAAGUCCAAGCACUUUGUGUAUAGAGUGGAAGAGAAGAGCCAUGAUCUUAUUCAGAAGUGGGAGGAGAAAUCACGAGAGUUCAUUGGGAACUUCCUGGAGCUCUUUGGUCCAGAUGGGACAUGGAAGCAAAUGUUUCAGGAACGUAGUGGACGAAUGAUCCAGGCGUUUUCUCCACACGGCUCACCCAGCAGCAGCCCACCAAGGGACUUUUCCCCAUCCCGCUCUCCGUCACCUCCAUCCCGCUGGGCCAUGCCCCGAACCUCACCGCCCUCGUCCCCGAAGGGCGCCUCGGCCUCCAUCAGCAGCAUGAGCGAGGGUGACGAGGACGAGAAGUGAGGAAUAAACCAUCACACACAUAAUAGACUGCACUUUACCCACAAACACACACACAUUAGCAGCGAUGACAGGUCAACUACCCUCAUGGGAAAAUUUUAAGUACUGUACACAGCACAGGGUUGUUGAAGUCCUGUUUAGUUGUGCUGAUAUUACAGCAAAUAUUUGAAAGCCAUCGCAGCCCUGAACAGCCCUGAACAGAACGGGGGUGGGGGGAUUCACUGAAUCAAUUGCGGCCACUGUUAGUGUCUUUUCAUUGCACGUACUAUUUGUUGUUUUAGCACCCAAAUCAAUAAAAAAAAAAGAACAUCAACAGGAAUGAGCAAUAUCGGUAUUAUAAUGGUUAUUGGCCGAUAUAUUUAAGUGUUCAUGCUUGUACAAUUGUUUGGUUUCAUGUAUUUUUACAUUUAGAAUACCUUUGUCAUCAUCUUUAA